AAGAAAGAGAAUGCAGCUUCCUUAAUUUGGAAAAAGGCACAAAGGUGUGGGAGGGGAGAAAUUGAGGGGGCACAUCAACUUGAAAUCAUGCAGGUCUCCCGCAGGCCGCAGGUAUCGUGGCAGUCCAACAUCAGAUCUUGAUCAAUACAACGUCGUUUCCCGCACGAUACGGCGUCCAUCCCAUCCCCAACUCUCCAUCUCCAUCUCCAUCUCCAUCUCCACCUUUGCGCGUCUCUGUUCCUCUAUUCUUAUUUUUUUUUAUUUUGUCCUUCUUCCCGGAGGCAAGUAAGUAGGGGUUGUGCUCUGCCCUGUGUCAGGCCAUUUCUCGCUGAGAGAGAGAGAGAGAGAGAGAGAGAGAGAAUGAGGGGAUCGAGAAGAACGAUCCACGCGGUGGCAACAUGGGUGAGGAGGCAGCCGCCGAAAAUGAAGGCCUUUCUAGCGGUGGUGGCCGGCAUGGCGGCUCUGGUGUUCCUGCGAAUUGUGGUUCACGAUCACGAUAACCUCUUCGUCGCCGCCGAGGCCGUUCACGCCCUCGGAAUCUCCGUCCUCAUUUACAAGCUCACCAAGGAGAAGACUUGUGCGGGACUUUCUCUCAAAUCACAGGAACUCACAGCUAUGUUUUUAGCUGCUAGACUCUACUGCAGUUUUGUUAUGGAAUAUGAUAUACACACAAUACUUGAUUCAGCAACAUUGGCUACAACCCUUUGGGUUAUCUAUAUGAUGCGCUUUAAUCUCAAAUCCACUUACAUGGAUGACAAGGACAACCUUGCAAAUUAUUAUGUGGUGAUACCAUGUGCCCUAUUAUCUUUCCUUAUUCAUCCAUCAACGACACAUAAUGUUCUACACAGGAUUUUAUGGGCUUUUUGCGUUUAUCUGGAAGCUGUUUCAGUGCUACCCCAGCUACGUGUCAUGCAGAACACAAAGAUUGUUGAACCAUUUACAGCACAUUAUGUAUUUGCACUGGGUGUUGCAAGGUUCUUGAGUUGUGCACAUUGGGUCCUCCAGGUAUUAGAUAGUCGCGGCCGCUUGCUGACUGCAUUGGGUUAUGGGCUGUGGCCCUCCCUUGUCCUCCUCUCAGAAGUUGUCCAAACUUUCAUUCUGGCAGAUUUUUGCUACUACUAUGUGAAAAGCCUCGUCGGAGGCCAGCUUGUGCUACGUCUCCCAUCUGGAGUGGUCUGAGCUCAACGGCUCUGUGAUCCAUGAAUAACUUCAACAAGUCAGAGGUGUGGUGAUGCACGCACUUGAUGAAUUGCUUCUUUUUUGGGACAGUGAGGUAAUUUUUGUAUACUGAAGUUGUCUUUGGAGUAGUGAAGAGGAUUGGUUGGGUAGUAUUAGGAAGUGUUUGGAUUGGGGCAUUUGCAGGGGGAAAAAAAUUAUAUAUAUAUAUGAAUAGGUAACUUAAAAUGAUUUGACUUUUCGCUAGUCUAACUUCAAGUUUGGAAUGUUUGAGCAUGUUCUCUUCACAUGUACCCCAACCGGGUCUUAACUUGCCCAGUUUUGAGCUUGAAUUAGCAUGUAGUUGCUAGCCCAUUACUCCGGUAGUUCACCUCAUUGUUGCUUUGGUGUUUAUUUCCUGAAGAAUUAGGUUUGAGAAUAAGUAAAUAAAUAAAGGGUACUGUGUUUGUGGGAGCGUUGGAAUUAAA